ACCUUAUGGCAUUCAUACACCACCAAGACCCCACAAAAACUCAAGAUCCUUGAUGCUUUCAUGGCCUUCUUAGUGGUAGUCGGAGUUUUGCAGUUUGUGUACUGUGUUUUGGUGGGCAAUUACCCAUUCAACGCAUUCUUGGCGGGCUUCGCAUCAACUGUGGGACAGUUUGUUUUGACAGCAUCUCUACGAAUUCAGGCGAAUCCAGCGAACAAGGCCACGUUUGAGAGUGUCUCUCCAAACAGAGCGUUUGCAGACUUUGCUUUUGCCAGCGUUAUUCUGCAUUUCUUCGUCGUUAAUUUCUUGGGUUGA